GUCUGUGGAGACACUGGGCCAAAUUUGGCCGGUCCAAGACGGAUGACAAUACCAAGGGGUCGUCCUGAUCAGAAAGAAUCAUACAAAACAGAAGGGAAAGACUGAGAAGUUCUUCCUCAGCCAAGUUCUGUCCUAGACCAGCACUGAUUGAUGCCUCUUUCUCCUCCUCUUUUUUUUUUUUUUUUUAAAGAGGAGAUCCCAUUUGGCUCCGGAAAGCUCGAUUUCACAGGUCUCUCUUGGUGCGCCUGUGUGGUCCUGUUUGAGAAACCUGCCGCGUGAUUUGUGAGUGUGCGUGAGUGUAUACGCAGACUGGCUUCCCCUCGCUGCUUAAUUGCUGGACGGUACCCUGGAGAGUAAGUAGCAGGAUGAAGACACAGAAAUGUGCUGGAUUUCACAUGUUGCUACUCCUGUAUGUCAGACUGAUGCUAGCAGUGGAUGCCUACAGACCCCUAAGAGACAUAAACCAGGAGAAGUGGGAACAAGAACUGAGGGAAGCUGGGAGUCUGGAUGAGCUUCUGAUGUUGACCGAAUACCCGGACUGGAAGCUGUGGAGAUGCAGACUCAAGCUGAAGCACUUUGACGACACCUCUCCACCUGAGAACCGCAGGUCGACUCGCUAUGCGGCCGCAUCUUUCAGCCCAGAGAUGCUAAAAGAUAUUGAUGAUGAAUGGCAGAAAACACAGUGCAUGCCCAGAGAGACGUGUAUAGACGUGGCUAAAGAGUUGGGCACCAAUACCGCAGUGUUUUUCAAGCCCCCGUGCGUCUCUGUCUUCAGGUGUGGCGGCUGCUGCAACAAAGAGGGAGUUACCUGCCGUAAUACAAGCAUGACUUAUGUCAAUAAAACUAUAUUGAGUGUGAGUCUGGCGCCUUAUAAAUCUGGACCAGAGCCUGUGCUGGUGAAAAUAGCCAAUCACACUGAGUGUAAGUGCCAGGAACACGCGCUGAUCCGCAGACAUGUUCGUGAGAAGUACAGGAAGAACGGUUGCUCUCCUACACGUAAGCCAGAAGACAAGAGGCUAUGCAACAAAGGUUUAAUAUGGGACUGGAUGGCAGAGCGAUGUGUGACGUACCCCUCCAGCAAACAAGAACCUCCAUCUUCCGUCAGUGAGGAGGACUGUGAGAUUGAUGUAGAGCGAUGUGAAUGUAUUCCAAAAGUAUGGACAGACAGAUUACACCAUACGUGACACAAUUCAACAAAUCUUCUAAAGCUGCAAGAGAGAAAACAACGAUGAACACGACGCCCUGACGAUCUGCAAGUGCCGAAUGCAGAGACUGCAAAAUACCAUUUAAUUUAUUUAUCUCUCUAUUUAUAUCAAAUAAAAAUACUUUUAUUAA